AUGAAGAAUUUUUACAGUCACGAUUUCCAAGCAACCAAGUCGGAUGAGAUUUCUCUAAGGAAAGGACAGCUCAUUGCGGUAUAUGAGAAGUCAGCUGACCUCUGGUGGUACGGGGUCGAGUCGAGGAACGAGGGCUGGUUCCCAUCAAAUCACGUUCACGCCAUUGAAGAGUCGCGAUCCGAGAAUCCCUCCGCCUCGUCCGCAGGAUCAGAUCAGCCGAUACCCCCAAGCGUGCCGUGCUCGACGCCAUACCUCAGUCUUGUAGGGCCCUUAGGCUCUAAACGUGGAUCGGAAGUCGCAGCGAUGGACAAAUACAGCUCACCCACGCACGGAUCGCAGCACACGGUUGUUACCCUGCACUCCUUCCAGGCCCGCAACUCCGAGGAACUGUCAUUUUCGAAAGGUGAACGUCUGACUAUAUUGAGCGAACCUAGCGACGACCCGAAUUGGUGGUCUGCCAAGAACGUCAUGGGACAGGAAGGAUUAGUACCGCGUAAUUUCAUUCAAUUAGAGCUGAGUCAGAGCUCUUCGGACGCCAAUCUGGACUAUACGGGACAAGCCUGGUAUUACGGAUACAUAUCCAGGGCAUACGCUGAGGUUCUCCUAAAUGCCUUUGGGUCGAUUGGAGACUUCUUGAUCAGGCUAUCGGAAAGCUCUUCUGGUGAUCUCGCGCUAUCGGUUAGAGCACCCGGUCGGAACCACCAUUUCAAGAUCCAAGUCCAGGGAGAUACGUUCCGCAUCGGUUUCCGAAAAUUCUUCAGUGUCACGGAUCUCGUCGCUUACUUCCACCGCUCUCCGAUCUACACUAGUUCAGAGGGAUACCGAUUGUUCCUCGUGAAGGCCGCGAGGAGACCUGGAGCUUGA